AAUUAUAAUUUGACAUUAAAAAAUGUGCAAUUUUUUUGACGGUUUGUACAUGUGUACAUGUACUUCUCGUAUCACCAAGUCCUAGAUCUCUUCAGCACCCAACAGGCACAGAAUUUACGAAACCGGUUUUUGCUCCUUAUCUUCAGCUUAUGUAAAAAAAUUUAUCCCACCUUCCCGCAACAUUGCCACCUACCAUUUGCUGUAGUUUUUUUUAUAUUUUUUUUCAAAUCUUGGGGUGGUUGAAAGUUUUAAACUUUUCUUGAUUCAAUUGCAAGUUUGGUCUUGAAUGAAUACUUCUAAGAAAAGGGUACCUUUCAACUUUUUGAACGCUUCUUCUUCUUCUUCUUCAUGUGUCUCUCUACUUGAUGAACAGGUGCUGUUUUGUGACAUUGGAUGUGUGGAUUUCUGAACUUAUUUCACACAUGUCAUGCAUUAUUUUGGCUCCUGCUGCAUCUCUUUGCAUCCAAGACUUGGUGUCGGUUUAGACUUGGAAUUCCUCAUUCAGGAUUGUUGAAGUGUGAGCUGGAUCCCCCUUCAAUCCUCUGGCAUUGGCAUGUACCAAAUUCGAGAAGCUUAAUAGGGUUUUCUGGGGAAGUAGAGGAUCUACACUAAUUUGAAUGGGGCAUUCUGCAGCUGUGUGGGACUAUAGAGCAGCAACGGAAAUUACAAAGGACUGGAAUGGAAUUGAUCAAAUUGUGCUACGGACCCCAAGGGGUGCUUCAGCACGGGUAAGCUUACAUGGGGCGCAGGUCACUUCCUGGCGGAAUGAGCAGGGGGAAGAACUUCUAUUCACAAGCAGCAAGGCAAUUUUCAAGGCUCCAAAAGCAAUACGAGGAGGAAUUCCUGUAUGUUUUCCACAGUUUGGAAAUUGUGGAUCACUGGAGCAGCAUGGUUUUGCGAGAAAUAGAAUGUGGACAAUUGAUGAUAAUCCUCCUCCUCUGCAUGCAAAUGAUUCCAGUGGGAAAUCCUUCAUUGACCUGCUACUUAAGUCAUCUGAAGAAGAUAUCAAGUGCUGGCCACAUAGUUUUGAAUUCCGUCUCCGGGUGGCUCUUUCGACAGAUGGGGACCUGAGUUUGAUAUCUAGAGUGAGGAAUAUAAAUGGCAAGCCAUUUAGUUUCUCAUUCGCACAUCACACAUACUUAUUGGUUUCUGACAUUAGUGAGAUAAGGAUUGAAGGUCUGGAAACACUAGAUUACCUAGACAAUCUUUUUCAAAAAGAACGAUUUACAGAACAAGGAGAUGCGAUAACAUUUGAAUCUGAGGUGGAUCGAGUUUAUCUUGGCUCUCCAAACAUAAUUGCAGUGCUAGAUCAUGAGAGGAAAAGGACAUUUGUUAUUAGGAAGGAAGGUCUCCCUGAUGUUGCUGUGUGGAAUCCAUGGGAGAAGAAAUCAAAGGCAAUGGUGGACUUUGGUGAUGAGGAGUAUAAACAGAUGCUUUGUGUUGAUGGGGCGGUAAUUGAGAAACCGGUGAGCUUGAAGCCGGGAGAGGAAUGGACAGGGCGGCUGCAGCUCUCAGUUGUGCCAUCGAGUUUUUGCAGUGACCGGCUGGGUCUUGACAGAAGUGGUCUUUGAGGAAUUGUACAAAAUCGGUCUCAGAUUAUGCUAUGCUACAUCCACUGUAGCAUUAAGUUUGUAGAAAUAGUGUUCUUUAGGUUUUCUGUGGCUAGAAAUAGUGCUUUAGAGAGGCCUAUGUUUUUGUGAGAAUGGCUAUCAAAUGUUAGUUGGUUCAUUUCUGCUAUGGAUUCUCCUUCUUUUGAAGCCUUAGAUUUGUGUUUUGUAGAUGCCAAGUUGCUUUUUCGCAUGAAUUUUAUGAUGUUCCACGGCAUGGAUAACUUUUACUUUCAUGUUCCAAUUUGCUAAUAUUCUUUGAAAGGCUAAUUUGGAACAUGAUGAUCGAUGUUUCAUGAGAGACAUUGAAACGAGUGGUUAAUGAGCAAUGCAUGUAUUAUAAAGGUGAA